GUGCAGACACAGACAUGUGCACGAGGCUUUGGGUUUUUCUUUUCUCCUUCCCGUCUUGCUCGACGCGCAUCACACCCACCGUCUGAAUCUUCUUCUUUGGCGAGAUCCCGCGUAUACCGUAGUCAUUGAGCCACACAAAACCACAAACCACAAGCAACAAUGCGGUCCAUCAGACCCAGGCACCUCCGCCGCCAUCCGGCUCCUCGACAUCUCUCGACUGGCGCCGCCCAGCCCCAAAUCACACCCAUCACCUCCCUCCUCAUUGCCAACAGAGGCGAGAUUGCUCUGCGGAUAAACCGGACCGCUUCUCGUCUGGGCAUCCGCACGACCACCCUCUACACCGACGUGGACGCCAAUUCCCAGCAUGCAAACUGCUCCCCGCACGCUAUCCGCCUGGGCGCGGCCAGUGCGUACCUCGACGGCGACCGCAUUGUCAAGCUGGCCCAGCAGCAUGGCAUCCAGGCCCUGCACCCAGGCUACGGCUUUCUCUCCGAGAACACAGAGUUCGCCCGCAAGUGCGAGCAGGCGGGCAUCGUCUUUGUCGGGCCGCCAGCCCAGGCCAUGGCCGACAUGGGCAACAAGGCGCGCAGCAAGGAGAUCAUGACGGCCGCCGGUGUCCCCUGCGUGCCUGGCUACCACGGCAGCGAGCAGGGUGAGCAGGAGCUGCUCGGCCACGCCAAGGACAUCAAGUUCCCCGUCCUGCUCAAGAGCGUGCGCGGGGGAGGCGGCAAAGGCAUGCGCAUCGUCAUGGAGGAGUCCGAGUUCCUGCAGCAGCUCCGCAGCGCGAGAGCAGAGGCCAAGGCCUCGUUCGGCGAGGGCGGCGAGGUCAUGCUGGUGGAGAAGUACAUUGUGCGGCCGCGGCACGUCGAGGUCCAAGUGUUUGCCGACAAGCACGGCAACUGCGUGGCUCUUGGCGAGCGCGACUGUAGCGUGCAGAGGCGGCAUCAAAAGAUCCUCGAGGAGUCUCCCGCGCCGGACUUGGAUGAAGCCACCCGUCUGGACCUCUGGGACAAGGCGCGGACAGCCGCCUCGGCGGUGGGCUAUGUCGGUGCCGGCACGGUCGAGUUCAUCCUCGACAAGGACAGCGGCGAGUUCUACUUUAUGGAGAUGAACACGCGGUUGCAAGUCGAGCACCCUGUCAGCGAAAUGGUCACUGGCACAGAUCUUGUCGAGUGGCAGUUGAGUGUUGCUGCCGGCGCCAAACUGCCGCUCACGCAGGACGAGAUCGUGGAGAGGAUAAAAGCCAGAGGCGCGGCAAUCGAGGCGCGCAUCUACGCCGAAAACCCCGAGCGCGGCUUCCUUCCAGACUCGGGCAAGCUUGUCCACCUCAAAACCCCCACCACAGACGAAGACAUCAGGAUCGAUGCAGGCUUUGUCGAGGGCGACACGGUGUCCGAGGCAUAUGAUGGCAUGAUUGCCAAGCUCAUCGUGCGCGGCCAUGACCGCGAGACCGCCAUCCGCAAGAUGGAGCUCGCCCUCAGAGACUAUGAGGUCGUCGGCCUGAGCACAAACAUUGAGUUUCUCAAGCGGUUAUGUCGAUCGCCUGCCUUCAUCGCUGGUGAUGUGGAGACGGGCUUCAUCGACAAGUGGAAGCAGGAGCUCUUUGAUCCCGUCGUCACGCAGGACGAGGUCUACGUCCAGGCUGCCCUGGGUAUGCUGGCCGGCAGUCAGAAAGCGACGCCUGCAGCCACGAGCGGCCCACACGGUAACACGCUGGGUUUCGGCCAGAACGGUAUCCAGCGCAAGUUCUCUUUCAAGUCCCUCGACAUCAUUGACCAGAAGGAGGCGCCUCUGGUGGAAGUCAGCAUCACGCAAAAGGGCCACCAGCUGUACGACGCGCGCAUAACCCGCAACGGAGACGCCGCAUCGGCGAGAGAACUCACAGAUGUUGUCGUGUCCAACCCCUCGACAUCAUCAACAACACAACAGCAGCAGCACCACCAGCAACAAGUCACAAGCUUCUUCCCUGACGCGCGGAUAGACAGCACCGUCGUCCAGGAUCCGCGCAACGACAACAAGAUCAGCGUGUUCCAGAACGGCACCAAGACGGAGCUCGCGCUCGUCACGCCGGCCUGGUACGAGAAGGCCCUCGGCCUGAAAGAGCUCGCGGCCUCCGUGGUUGCGCCAAUGCCAUGCAAGAUCCUCAAGACCGAAGUCAAGGAGGGCGAUCGGGUCGCCAAGGGGGCGCCGUUGGUUGUUAUCGAGUCGAUGAAGAUGGAGACCGUCAUCCGGUCACCGCAGAAUGGCGUCGUCAAGCGCCUCGCGCACAAGGAAGGUGACAAGUGCAAGGCAGGCACCGUGCUCGUCGUCUUUGAGGACGAAGAGGCUGCGGCAGCUGCCGAGUAGAGUGCAAUAUCCCUGCGAAGGGAUGAAGGUAGACAUUGUAGAGAAAUGAACACAAGUCAGAUCAAAAUCAAUUGAAAGUUGCCGUUGAUAUGCGAGGCUGUUUUUGUGUCGCGGCUCGACACCGAGCAAAGUGGACGGGCGGCUGCGCAGUAGUAUUCAUUGACAACUUGAAAAGAAACAGGCAGGCACAGGCAGGUCGCCCAAAAGUUUCAAGUAUUUGGAAUGUCUCGUGGCAGGUAAAUGCAUAAAGUUCGACUCGCUGCCGGCGUGUUCCUUGGACGAUCA